AUGCAUGAAGUCCCAGAGCACCAAGGCAGCAGCACAGACAGUUCGGCAAGCAGUUUGGGAAGCUCUGUCACAGCAUGUAAGAAGAUUCUCUGCAGUAACAGUCUGCUAGAAUCAACAGACUACUGGCUGCAGAAUCAGAGGACACCAUGCCAAAUUGGCUUUCUGGAAGACAAGUCAGAAAGCAACUGUGCCUCAGUUUGUUUUGUGAAUUUAGAUGCAAACAGAGAUGAUUGCAGCGAUGAGCAAGUGAAACAGAGAUUAAUCAGCGUCUCUCCAAAUCUCCCCAAACUCAUCAGUUCGAUGAACGUACAGCCACCAAAGGAAAAUGAAAUAGUCCUGCUGAGUGGAUUAGCAUCAGGAAACCUUCAGGCCGAUUAUGAAGUUCCCCAGCGUCCUUGGCUGGCAGAUGUCUGCUUGGUUCAGUGUGCGAGGGGGGACAGGAAAAAUAGCGCAAGCUGCAUCAUUUUUGAAAUAAACAAGUUUCUGAUUGGACUUGAGCUCGUUCAGGAGAGACAGCUGCAGACAGAAGCUCAUGUCUUAAAGCCCGAGGAUGACACAAACUGCUCGGUGUCCUCAAUAGAAGAAGAUUUCCUCACAGCGUCUGAGCACCUCGAGGACGACAACGAGGCUGAUGAAUAUAAAACUGGUCAUGAAAAAGUAAGUGUUUCAGAAGCAUCUUCAGAUGUCAAAAAGAAUAAAGGAAAGGGAUUUGAAAACCUCCACUACAGAAAAGCCAGGUUACCGUUCAUUCUUGAAGGGAACUGCAUUAAUAAAGAUAAUGCAGCUACUAGAGUCUCUGAAGCUGUGAAUAUUGUGGCUGAAGAUGGCAUCUUACAACCUGAAGAUAAGUCAGACCAGGAAAUACUGUGGCAGAAGGAAUUAGCUGGCAGAGCUACUUCAUCCUUUAGUACCACUAAUUUGACUAGUGAGGUUGAAAAUUCCUGCUCAGCGCACGUGUUAGAAGAUGUAUCUUUAGCCAAAAUGGCUAAAGAGGAGCUGGGGCCUCUGUAUGACCCACCAGCGAAACACAACGGUAAGACAGACGGAGAGGAUUGUGCAGGUAUCAGGAAAACCGAUCCUCCCUCGCAAAACGAGCAGGCAACUACAGGUCAGUAUGCCACAAAUCUAGCAGAAUCUGUUCUGCAAGAUGCGUUCAUUAGACUGUCACAGUCUCAACCCACUUUUAGUGAGGAGGCUGCAGUCAGCAUCUCCGUAGGAAGCUCCUGUAAGUCAGAAGACGCAUCUGCUUCCCGAUCGUGGAAUGAACUUCCAAAGAUCGUCAUAGUGCAAAGUCCAGACAGUUCUGAGAAUGUAUCUGACUGGCCGGGGUCUGCCUUCCCCAACCUGUGCCACUGGACUGAAUCAGAAAGUUCUGCUGAAGUUUUGGAUUACUUUGAGGAAGAGCAUUCAAAUGGACACGGCCAGAGCGCGCUGGAAGUGGCUCUGGCUUGUGCAGCCACUGUUAUUGGAACCAUUUCCAGUCCCCAGGCUGCAGAAAAAUUCAGACGGGAUCAAGAAGCCACAGACUCUAAAAGCGGAGUGGUUGAUAAUGAAGAGCUGCACACAGCAUCUUCACAGCUGCCUGAUGACUGUGCUGGCACAGAAUAUUCAUUUCCAUCUGCGCUGUGUGGCAUGACUCAAGUAGCAAGUGCUGUAGCCGUCUGUGGUCUGGGGGAAACGAAGGAAGAGACGUACCCUGCAACUUCGAGUGGACUUCUGUCUGCUGCUCAGACUUCUGCAGCCAUUACUCUUCAUUGUAGCAUAGCUAUAGGAAGCAGCAUGGAGAAGCUAAAUGAUAGCAUUGCAGAGGCACUUCUCAAAGAGGCAUCAGUAAUUUUGACAAAACCCAACACAUACAAAAAUGUAGGGCAUUUUAUGGAAUCCAUAAAUGGAAAAAUUAUUGAAACAGCAGCAAGGCCACGGAUCCCACACACUGAUGAAGUAAUCGGGGAUGAACUUGCGCAAAACUUAUCCAAUAUUAUUCUACGACAUUCUAUUGAAGAGGUUAGGAAGAAGAGACAGCUACACCCCCGUUCAGAAAACGGCUCAAGCACACAAGACAUUUUCAUGGAGACUGCAAAUGAGCUGCUUUUUAACGUAAUAUAUUUCACUUGCAAGAAGAUGAAUGACAUAAGACAAGUUGAAGAGUGUUCUCCUCUCUUUUCCGAAGGCACAAAAGCAGAGAAAGUAACAAGAGCAGAAGGAUGGUCAACACAGGCAACGGCACGUGAAACUUCACACAGCCCCCUUGGUCACUCUGCUGUUAAGCCGUUUGGUACAUCCUACGGCCCUAGUGCUAGCAGAGAUCUUGGAAACGUCACAAACACUAGGAAAAGUAAUAUGAAAGAUGUAAAUAGCAAGGAAGGUGCCACGCUGAAUUCAGAACCAACAAGUAGAGCUGCAGGGCAUAACGCACUUGUCGCAAAAACGUCUCCCAAGAAAAGAUACCUGAAAAGAACCGCACGAGACUGUUACAAAUCCCCAAAUAACAACCAUCAGAAGAAGAAAGAUUACAGAUCAUUUUCAGACAAGGAAAAUACCUUUGCAAACAAUGAAUGCAGGCACGGUGUUCAAGAACAGCUGUCUUCCAGUGCCGCCAUGAAUGCAGAAAAACAGGCCAAGCAUAAGUGUGAUGCUGUGCUAAAUAAUGAUGUUCAGGUUAGCUUGUCGUUAUUAGGAAAUCAUGUCUUGCUUCCUUCUCAGCCUGUGGUACAGGUGAAACAUUCAAGGGACAAGUAUUGUAUAACAGAUUUUGCAGAAGAAUUGGCAGAAACAGUUGUCUCUAUGGCAACAGAAAUAGCUGCCAUUUGUCUUGAAAAUUCAAAUGGAAAGCAACCCUGGUUCUGUGCAUGGAAGAGAGGCAAUGAAUAUCUGGUGACCCAGAGUUUAUCAUGCAGAACCAUGAAAAGGAAAAAGGAAACCCACGCUAAUGGUUCAGUUGUUCGGAAGCACAGGGCACCUAGACUUAGUGAGAUCAAAAGAAAAACAGAUGAGCAUCCUGAGCUAAAGGAAAGGUUGAUGAAUCGGGUAGUAGAUGAAUCUAUAAACCUUGAGGACACACCAGAUUCAGUCAAUAUCUUUGCAAAUGAAGUGGCUGCCAAGAUCAUGAACCUCACCGAACUCUCCAUGGUUGAUAGCAUCUGGCAAGGUCCAAACCACCCCAGGAACAGGCUGCACUGUGACAGAUGGAGCCGAGCCAAGGCCUCGAGCUGUGAGAGCAUACCGGAGGAGGACUCGGAUUCCAAAGCCUCUUUCAAUACCCUAGGCCUAAUGAACACCUUUGGUCAGCCUGUGAGCCAGACAAGUUCUGUCUCAAAGCAGUCUAGUUGUGAAAGCAUUACAGAUGAAUUUUCAAGAUUUAUGGUGAACCAGAUGGAAAAUGAAGGAAGAGGGUUUGAUUUAUUACUGGAUUACUAUGCAGGAAAAAAUGCAAACAACAUCUUAACUUCUGCUUUGCAACAGGUAGCCAAGAAAAAUGGUCAUCUUAAUGUAAGACCAAGUUGCCCAUCCAAACAGUCCAGCACAGAAAGCAUAACAGAAGAAUUUUAUAGGUAUAUGCUAAGAGAAAUAGAGAAGGAAAAUAAAGAUAACAUGUCUUCCCCUCGGAACUCAACGGACUGGUGCGGCAGUUUGCUACCACCCUCUCUGCGAUCACCUUUUUGCUUUAGGCAGUCAUCAGUGCCUGACAGCAGAUCAUCAGGCUCUAGGCUAACAGUUAGCGUCCCGGUUAAGGCCAAUUCAUUAGAUGGAUUUGCUCACCAUCACCGAGAUUCCUUAAGUGUACAGCCAGUCAGUACCGUGGCUUCUUCAGGCCUUUGCAAGUCUGACUCAUGCCUGUACCAAAGAUGCAAGACUGACCAGAUAACAGAUAUGUUGAUUCACGAGACGUGGGCAAGUUCUAUUGAAUCUUUAAUGCGCAAGAAUAAAAUCAUAGCAGAUGAGGCAGAGGCUGCAGAGGCAGACCAGUUUCACAGUGAUUCCCCACCACAUGUGGAACAAUAUGCAAACAGACUGGCUGCAAAUAUUGUUGAAAGCGGUAAAAAUUUAAUUGUUGUCCAGCAGGAUUCUUUUGAUUUUACAAGCCGACAACACGUGCUGGAAAGCAAACAUCCCCAAAGCGCAACUCGGAUUCAGUCAAAACCCAAAAGGGAUGGAGUAAAUUUGGAUGAGAAAAAAGAGCAUGUGAAGAGCCCUGGAUGCCUCCCUGCAGGUCAGCACAGGGAAGUGCCUUUAAUUCAGAUAGAAACCGAUCAACGAGAUGAGCUAGAUAAAGACUCAGAGUCCUUAACUUCAUGUGGCCCUUCUGGAAAGGAGCAUCAAAGCAAAGAAAAGCCUCCAGAAGCUUUUGACGGGAAACACACGGUUUCCAGUUCCCUACUAAACAGCUUGGCUGACUUUAACGAGCAGCGCUGCCUGAAGAUUGGCGGCACCGGUUUGUUUGCCUAUAUGACAAUGUCAGUGUGCCUUCCUUGUCACCCUACCAGCAGCAGUCCUGAGAGCAGACCGGAUGCCGAAAUCCUAGGAGAGACAAAAACAGCUGAAGAAUUUCCAAACCACCUCAGCAGCAGUGAAGAAAGCACUGGCAGCUGGUCCCAGCUAGCUAACGACGAGGACAAUCCUGAUGACACAAGCAGCUACUUACAACUCAGCGAGCGAUCCCUGAGUGAAUUAGUAGAAGAAAAGGUUUUCCUUAAAGAACAGACAGAAAAUACAGAGGAAAGUACUUCUGGGCUUUCAGUGGGAACAGCCAAUUGUCAAAAGGACCUACUGGUGAUAAACUUUGAUCUGGAACCAGAGUGCCCCGAUGUGGAGCUGCGAGCCACCCUGCAGUGGAUAGCCGCUUCUGAACUCGGAAUUCCAACCAUCUAUUUUAAGAAAUCUCAGGAAAACAGAAUUGAAAAGUUUUUAGACGUCGUGCAAUUGGUUCAACGGAAGUCCUGGAAAGUGGGGGAUAUCUUCCAUGCCGUGGUGCAGUACUGCAAGCUCAGCGAGGAAGGCAGAGAGAUGACACCAAGCCUGUUCGACUGGCUUCUCGAAUUGGGUUAG